UAAAAUCUGACCUUCUGUAAAGAAGGGAAAAAAACAUACCACAGGCCUCUGCUCUACUGCCUCUCCGGCCAUCGCCUUCCGCAACAACUUUAUCAUUCUUCUGAUCGAAUAUCUUUCGCAAUUUACACCCCCAAACAUUGCAAUUCAUUUUUUUUUUCCUGAGAUUAGAUUUUUCUGUUGAUCCCCUUGCUAGAUCUGAAAUUUUCUAUUAAUUAUCUUCACAUCUAAGUGAAAUUGCUCGGCAAUUGGUCGAUUCAAUUCUGAGAAUUAAAGUUGAGAUUAAUUUCGAGAAUUUGUUCACUUAUAGAGUGUAAUCAAGCAGCGAUUAUUUUGUUGAAAUGUUGCCAUUAUGAUGUUAUGUUGGAUGAGAAUUUGCCUUAAAUUUGUGGGAAAUGAGCCGUUCCCCAUCAUUUUCAUUGAAGUCUGAACCGAAUUCGAAGGUCGAUAAUGAGUCGUUACACAGAUGGAUUGUGGCCUUCUGUGUUAUUAGGUUUGAUCUUGAGCAAGGUCAGGUGUUAGAAGAAUGUUUUCCGCCCGGUUGUUUAACACCGGAUGAGGAGCUUGCAACUGCGUUUAGUUCAUUUCCGGAUUCUGUGUCCCAGAAUCAUAAUCGGUCGAGUAUCCAUGACUGCAUAUUCUUCUUUAGGAUUCGAAGGCGUGGAGAUGCUGGAUCAGGAAAUGUACCCACUUCUGAGUUUGUUGAGAUUGAAAGAAAUAGUCCUCAGAAGACUGCUGUAAAUGGGCAGGUGUUACAGGUCUCGAGCAAUGAAAAAGACGAUGAAGGUUCUCGAUUCUUGUAUGGCUUUGUCUUCAAUAGGCAAAGGCAUGACGAGAGGCUCAAGCGAGGUGGGGAACAGAAGUCGGUGGUGAUCUUGUCUCAUAGUCCAUUUUCUAGUGUAUUUAGGCCGUUGUUACAAAUUAUGGGUCCAUUGUUCUUUGACAUAGGAAAAAAAGCUUUUGAGCAUAUUGCUGCCUACGUGUCAAUCUGGCCUCCUCCUGUUUCGGGAAAGCUAAUGGAGCUUCCCAUUGGUAAUGCGACUUUGAAGGUGAACCUGCCUCCUCUUCAUUGUUUUCCUUUAGAUGGGAGAAUGACGUUUGAAGAGUCUGCCACUUUUUUGGUUCCGUCGCUUUCAACAAAUCAAUCAAUUCCGCUGGGACUUUUCCAUGAAGCAGACCUCUUUGGAAUAUUUCGUGGAAUUCUUUUGCAGCUUUGGGUUCUGUGGGAGUUAGUACUUGUUGGUGAGCCCAUCCUUAUCAUUGCCCCUACUCCUCCUCAGUGUUGUGAGGCUGUUGCAGGACUUGUGAGUUUAGUUGCUCCACUACUUUGCAGUAUUGACUUCAGGCCUUACUUCACCAUUCAUGAUCCAGAAUUUGCCCAUUUGAACUCCGUUCAAGAUGGUGGCACCUUUCCUCCUAUGAUACUUGGUGUAACAAACCUCUUUUUCCUGAAAGCAUUGCGCAAUAUGCCUCACAUUGUGUCUGUUGGAAGUCCUGUUGCUAAUACAAGUCGUGCUAACGUUGCUUCUAGGUCCUCUUCUGCUAGGCCAACUGGCCGCUUAGAAGGGUUGGGUGUUCAACAGCUUUCCUUGAGGAGAUUUUCUCCAUCAAGUUUGUUGAAUGCAGUCAAGUUGAGGAGGGAGGGCCCUCUUUGCUUGAUGACAGAACACAAAGAAGCUAUUUGGACUACUUAUGGAGCUACUACCAAGCCAGACACGUCUAUCUUGAACAGGCUUGUUGAUGCAGGGACAUUAGCAAGGGUUGAGGAAUCUAUGUCAGUUGUCAACAAUGAGAUUUUACGUCGGCAUUUUCUGGAGCUUACAACCAACUUUUUGUCUCCCUUUGGCCCUUAUUUUAAGAUCAAUACACCUUCUGAAGGGUCUUCACCAUUUGUUGAUCCACCAGUUCUUCCUCCUUUUAAUGCGGAGGAGUUUCUUCAUACUUUAGCAGCAAGAGGUCCAGGAAAAUUUUUAUCAAAGAGGAUGAGAUCAAACUGGCUUGAUUUAUACAGGCGGUUUCUUAAGGGGCAGAAUUUUAUGCCAUGGUUUACUAGAAGACGUGCAGUUGCUGAACGGGAGCAGCACAGAUUAUGGAAACAAGCAAGAUUGAAGACUGACAUCCAACAAUUUUUAUCAAAAAUGUCUGAAUUAGAAGUCGUGGACUCCUUCAAUGCUAUUGAAAGGCAUCUUCUUGGGGAGUUGCAGCUGCAGAAUUCUGGAGCAAGUGAACAAGACUCUAUGAAAAGUUGCAAGAAACUGCAGGGAGACCUACAGGCAGUGUUUAAUGUUCUGCCAGAGGACAUGCAACAGUUGCUGCUGAUGAAUCCUGAGCGAGCAGCUCUAGUACAAGGGGCUUAGGAAAGAUUUUCUUCAUGCAUUUAAGAUGUUUGGUUGACCAGAAUGGGCCGUGCAAUCAUUUGAGUUAUGUUGAGAAAGAUCCUCUUACUGCAGAUAAAUGUGCCAUUUGCUUAUGACUGAUUCGUCUGUCACUGAACUAGUGAACUUAUUCGUGGCUGGUCUUCAAGGUGAGGCUUCAUAGCCACUUCUAGAUAGGUUUCUCUGUAAAUCCUCAACUGAUUCUGUACUGAUCUUUGUUGCUUCUCCACCUUUCCCUGUACUUCGACUAGAAGGAUCGGUGCUGGGUUGGCAAAUAAGGGCUCAGAAGGAAGAACUUACCACACUCCCAAAUAGUUGCAAGAUUUGUGACCAUUUUCUUUUCAGAUAUAAGGAACAACACCUAAUGCUUGUAAUAAUCACUUUGUUAUAGUAUGUCUCGUUCUUAUUUUAUUGCCCACUCCGGGUCUUUUACUGUCCACAUUAUGAUCGUGAAUUGUGCAGGGCCAGAAUUCUGGAGAUAACGUCUGGGGGAUGUAUCCAUUGUAAUAUUGAAUUGUUUAUGCAAGUGCAUGUCAGAAGAAUACUGAUUAGCUCGAGUAGGUAUCAUCUCAUUUUGUUUUUGCUAGUUAUCCAUUGAAUUGAAUUUAUGUUA